AUGAAACUUCCGAAGAAGAUAGAAUCCAAGAAAGCAGUGAUAAACAUAAAUAAUAAUGAUCAGAAAUGUUUCCUGUGGUCUAUCCUUGCAGCUUUACACCCCGCGAAGGAUAAUGUUAAUAGAGUGAGUAUGUAUAGAGCUUAUGAACAUGAAAUUGAUGAUGUUUUCAAAGACAUUGAGUUUCCCAUGAAAUUAGAUGACAUUACAAAGUUCGAAAAACGUGCCAAUAUCUCUGUCAAUGUUUACACUCUCCACGGAAUUGAAAAUUCAGUUGUUCCUCUCAGAAUCACUAACGAGGAGAUGGAAAGACACGUAGACCUGCUCUACUUGAAGUCUGCAGACACAAACCAUUAUUGUUACAUAAAGAAUCUAUCUAGACUUGUACAAUCACAGAUAUCAAAACAUGAUCAUAUGUUAUGGUUGUGUAAACGUUGUCUGUUACACUUUGGAUCAAAAGAAGGUUUGGACAGACAUAGAGAGGAUUGCAGCAGACAUGAAAGUAUAAAAAUAAAUCUUCCAGAAGAAGGGACGGUCAUCAAGUUUAAUGAUUUCAACAAGUCAAUGCGAGUCCCGUUCGUGGUGUAUGCAGACUUUGAAUGUCUUCUUGAGUCUAACAGAACCAUCAAAACUGAACAAACACAAAGCUACCAAAAACACUUGGCUAUGAGUUUUGCAUAUUACAUCGUUUCCAAAGAAGACUAUAAACCUCCUGUCACAUAUUUUGGUGCAGAUGCUGGAAGGGUCUUUGUGGAACAACUUGAGAUGGAGUCUGAAAAAAUAAGACAGUUGUAUUCUAGUGAGGCUAUCAAACCUAUGGAUUUAACGGUAGAUGAUCAGCGUAUUAUAUCAAACUCAACAACAUGCCAUAUUUGUGAAAAACCUUUAGAAGAUGAUAGGGUCCUUGAUCAUGACCAUUUGACAGGGCAAUUCAGAGGAGUUGCACACAACAAAUGCAACAUUCUGUACAGGAAACCCAAGUUUAUUCCUGUCUUCAUUCACAACCUCUCGGGCUACGACACACAUUUGUUUAUUAAAAUGCUGGGUAUGAAUGAUGAAGAAAUAGAGGUGAUCCCAAACAAUGAAGAACGUUACAUAUCAUACACAGUUAAAAGGCAGAACAUGAUCGAACUGAGGUUCUUGGAUUCGUUCAAGUUUAUGUCCAGUAGCCUUGAUGCACUCACCAAAAAUCUUCAGAAAGAUCAGUUUACACACACUGCUAAAUACUUCAAUGAAUCCGAGUUGAACCUGGUUUUGAGAAAAGGUAUUUACCCAUAUGAUUACAUGGACAGUGAGGACAAAUAUGAGCUAACUCAUCUACCUAAGCAGGAAGAAUUCUACAACAUACUCACUAAAACAGAUGUUGACCCUAAAGAUUAUGAACAUGCUAAAAGAGUGUGGGAUUCAUUUAAAAUGAAGGAUAUGAAAGAGUACACAUUGAUGUACAACAAAUCAGAUGUCCUCCUACUAGCUGACGUUAUGGAGAACUUCCGAAAUGUGUGUAUGUCAACGUACAAACUAGAUCCUGCAUGGUUUUUCACAACACCUGGUCUGGCUUGGAGUGCUAUGCUAAAAACGACAAACGUUGAACUGGAACUUAUUUCAGAUUACGAUAUGCUACUUAUGAUUGAGAAGGGAAUUAGAGGUGGUGUAUCGCAAAGCUCUAAUCGCCAUGCUAAAGCCAAUAACCCCUACAUGAAGGAUUACGAUUCGAGCAAACCAACUGAGUAUCUGGUAUACUUAGAUGCAAAUAACCUAUAUGGGUGGGCAAUGGUUCAACACAUGCCGUACGGAGAUUUCAAAUGGUGUGAUACAAACAUCGAUGUCACCGAAAUCCCUGACGAUGCCGAUACAGGGUAUAUACUUGAAGUGGAUUUGGAAUAUCCUAAAGAUACCCACGACUUGCAUUCCGAUCUUCCUCUUGCCCCAGAGCAGAGAGUACCACUAGGAGGAAAAGAGGUUAAACUGUUGACAACACUUUAUGACAAAGAGAAGUACGUGGUUCACUAUAGGAAUCUCAAGCUGUACCUCAAGCUUGGAUUGAAACUGAAGAAGAUCCAUAGAGUCAUUUCCUUUAAGCAAUCAAACUGGAUAGCUACUUAUAUUGACCUGAAUACAAAACUGAGAACUCAGGCAAAGAACGAUUUCGAAAAGGAGUUUUACAAACUGAUGAAUAAUGGUGUGUUUGGGAAGACAAUGGAGAACAUACGUAACAGAGUGGAUGUGCGAUUGGCGACAAAGGAAAAACAAAUUGUAAAAUGGAUUGCUCAACCUACAUUCAAGGAUCGUACAAUAUUUGCUGAAACCCUCUCUGCUGUGCACAUGAAAAGGACAAAACUCCUGUUCAAUAAACCCAUAUAUGUUGGUAUGAGCGUAUUGGAUGUUUCAAAGACACUAAUUUACGAUUUUCACUAUAAUGUGAUUAAAUCGAAGUACGGUGACAAAGCACGAUUGCAGUAUACAGACACUGAUUCUUUGAAAUAUGCCAUUGCCACCUCUGAUUUUUACCAGGAUGUGAAAACCAUGAUAGAUUACUUUGAUACAAGUGACUACCCUGAGAACAACCCGUAUGGGAUGCCUAGAGUCAACAAGAAGGUCCUUGGUAAAAUGAAAGAUGAGCUGAGUGGGAGGAUUAUGCGAGAACAGAUUGCUCUAAGAUCUAAGAUGUAUGCUCAUGAAGUCGAGGAUGGUAGUGUAUGCAAAAAGUCAAAAGGAGUCAAAAAGUCAGUCACCGAGAAGGAAAUAACAUUUGACGACUACAAAAAAUGUUUGUUUGAUGGUUUGGAAACCACUAAAACCAUAAAUAUGAUUAGAAGUUUCAGUCACGACCUGUAUACCAUAGCACUCAAUAAAGUGGUGUUGUCCAACCAAGAUGAUAAACGAUACAUUUUAGAUUAUGGAAUCCAUUCCCUCCCCUGGGGUCACUAUUCAAUAAACCAUUAG